CUUCUGCCUGUAAUCUCUCCCCAGCUGAUUGUACAUACCCCUGCCGGUUGAAAAAUCAUUUAUUGUACAGACGUCAUCAUCCGCACUUUUUGGGGAUAAUUAGCGAACCACGCCCCCCAGUGUAUUUUUAACGAAGAAAUAAUAUUUUUAGUUGUGGAGUAAAUACGAAUAUCACGUGUGUACAUAUUUACAUACGUACAAAUACAUCUUGUGAUCACUUAAUAAUUACAAUUUAGCAAACUGAUACGAACCUGGAAAUAUUAAAAUCACCUUGGAAUGGAAUUAGCACAUCAAUCGAAUUCCUGCCUCGUGGAAGAUGUGGUCAUCCUGAUUUGCAAAUCGUUGUCCGUGAAAGACAUUAAAAAUGCCAGAUUGGUCAGCAAAGUGUGGAAUUGUGGGGCGUCAUACCGAUUAAAAGAGUUGACCCGACUUCACGUGGAUUUCAACCCAAGAAACUUGGAUAUAAGUUUGAUUAAGGAGCAAUUAAAUUUCUUCCCACACCACGUGUGCAUCCUUCUCAGAGGGAUGACGCGGAUAAAGGCAGCAAUGUUUUCACCGGAAUUGGUUCCGUCGGGCCUGAAUUUAAGAAGUUUGUGGAUUUCGGGCUGCCCACGGAAUAAGUGGGACGACCUGGUGGUGACGUUAGUUGGCGAAAUGCUUGCCAAUAGUUCCUCAUCUUUAGAGGAAGUUAAAUACUAUGGUUACAUCCGGCCAAAAUUUGGGGAAGGAGUGGUGUUUAAAAAAGUGAAAAAAUUGAGGGUUUAUUCCCUCCAGUUGCGAGAAUUGUCGCAUAUUUGUCGAAUUUUUCUAAAUACUUGUCCCAACUUGGAGCGGCUGGAGAUGGAUUAUGCAGGGAACAAUUUGUGGGUGAGGGAUCCUGCACGGUUUCCGAGCUCCUUGACGAGUCUGAUCUUCAACUCGGUAUACCUUCAGGAAGCCUGGAUUGGGAAGAAUUUUGCCAAACAGCUUUACCUAAAUUUUCCAAAUCCUCUCCGAGUCCUGCAUUUGAGUCAAUACUGUGACGAACCGGAAAUGCAUAUGUCGCUAUAUGACCUUCUACAAAAACAUGCCAGUACCCUUGUCGAGCUGGGUGUAACCUUGAAGGCAUACCACCGCGAUCUGUAUCUUCCUCCCCUGCCCGUUUUGGAAUUUCUGGAAAUUAACGUGGGCCGAGAUCACGAACUCUGGUGGCUGGAGGAGGACGAACAGGGCGUGGACCGGGAAACGUUAGGCUAUGCAAAAUUCUUGCCGAAAUUAUCCCGCCUCCAUUUAAUGUGUGGUCAGCAUGUGGAUAGUACUUCUUUGGUGGAUUCAUUCAUCCCAGUUGACCCAAAUGAGUUGGAGGACUAUGCCGGACCGGGUUGCAGAACUGUGAAGAAUGUCGUUAUUCGUGAAAAUCUAGUGGAUCCGGCAAGAUUGAAAGAUCGGUUUGAACAAUACUGCUAUUUGUGUAGGGUUUGGCCGGAAGCGGAAAUAAAGUGGGAUACGUUCCCUUAAUGGCAUUCAGUGUCCGCAUGCAUAUUUUGGUGAUUUUAGAAAUGGCCAGGGCUGUGGUACUUAAUUACUUUUGUACUUAAUUACUUACUUAAUUACAGAACUUGAAGUAAUUAGUAAUUGGUAAUUGAUUUCAAUUACUCCGGUAUUUGUCAAAGUAAUUAAUGGUCAUAUUAACAAUCGAAAGGACGACCUCAACCUAAACUCAUCCUCAACUUAGGAUGAGGAGAGGUUGAGUGGCUCCUCAGAUUUAUUUGAUAUAAAUAAUGAAAAUCGCUCCCUUCCUCAAUUGAGGAGAACCUUGACCUCCACUCAACUCAGCCGCUAUUAUUUCCGCUCAGUUUUUUUUGCCCAAUAACACAGUUCCCAAUUUGUUUCGAACUUAUUUUCAUUUUAGCUCACUGUAAAGUAUUUUUGAGCAAGUUUUUAAUAAUUUCGAGAACAAUUAACAUGUCACACAGUGAUUGUGAAAGUGUCACAACCAAUAAAAAUUUGUCCAUCGGGACAAAACUCACACCGUUUACUACGUUAGAAACAAAAUUACUACAGAGGUCAACGCCGACCAACUUGGCGGGGGCGGCGCCAAGUUUGGAGAUUUUUCGGCUCGGCGCGGCGCCUCAAUGUUGAAGGAAUAGGGAAUUAGCUUUAUCAGCGGCGGCGGCGCGUAAAAUUCUAUCGGCGUAUGGCGGCGCGGCGGCUUGAGUUCGGCGGCGUUCACCACUGAAUUACUACUCUCCCUCGUUGAAACUAAAAAUAAAAUUUUAGAAGAGAAGAAGACAGAUUUUAAGACAGGUUUUUAAAAUCGUAGGAAAAAAAAGCCAAUCGCCAUAUUCAUAAUUGUAGUCCAUGCGAUUGUCGACCUAUCAUAAAAAUGUCAUCCAAAUCCGUCCAUAAACAAAACAGUUAUGAGCCAGGGAACCUCGGCGACAGUCAAAAAACGCCGACUUUAGGGGCGUGGUUCUACGAAUGGGUCAGAUACAAACCUCCAGAAAAGGCUCUAAAUGGUAGUCCCAGAUGAGAUCUACGUGAUCCAGGAAGAACGGAGAUCUUGAAUCUGCCCCUUCCCAAGAUAUUAGCUCGGGAACAUUGAAAAUAAUCAUGUCGAAAUUGGUCAAAACGGGUGAAAUUCAACAUGACGCAGAGCAGCGAAAAUCGAUAUUUAGCUUCAGCUAGGCAUUAAAUGUCUGUCGCAAGUGAAAUUAACCCAUGUCGCAAGGGAACGACGUCGACAUGUCGAAAUUUCGACAUGAAGCUAGAGAGCUGAAAUUCAAAACGAACACUUCCAUAUUCUUCAAAUUACAUAUUCAAGCACUUUUGACCAUGUCGACAGCCUAUGGCGUUAAACUAAAUUCCAAUGUUGAAAUUUCGACAUGCCAAGGCUGAUAUUUGGGGAUGAAAUUUUUAUGGUAGGUCGACAAUCGCAUGGACUGCAAUUUUGAAUAUGGCGAUUGGCUCUAACUCCACUAGGAAAAAACCACACCCAAAGUGGGUGUGGUUCUUCGGAAUAUUUAGAAACAGUUGUUCGACCCCUCAGGGCUAGGAUGAUACAAAAAUAUCUCCUAAAAGUGCUCCUGGAAAUUUGAGCGAUAAUUUGGUUGGAUUUCCCAUUGUGUAGAUGGGGACAUUAGCAUUGUGGGAUUAGGGGAGGGGCUUAUUACGACGAUUUUGCUCAAUUUCUGGGGGGACUGUCCCCCUGCUUCCGCCACCACAAGUUUUUUGCGUUGGCAGCGUGGUGCGACGCGGCGUCCCAAUGUUAAAAUUAGAAAUCAGAUUUAUCGGCGGCGCGUAAAAUGCUACCGGAGUUCGGAGGCGAUCAUGGGUGGAAUGUACUCACCUCUGGACUUAUCGGAAAGAUAAGUCUGGACUGAUGAGGUCCGUUAAAAAUAGCUAUUUCCGUGUACAUAUGAUACCGUGUUUUUAGCUUGACAGCAUUGUACUACUCGAGAGGAUUGUGCAUAUCUCGAAGUCUGGUCAGAGGCAUUUUGCGACCCGAAUUUGUCAUUCCGGACGAUAAUUAAAAUUUACAAACCAUAAAAGUGAUUUUUUGGCUAAUAAUACUGCUUUAACCACAAAAACAACGCUAAAAUUGUAUGUAAGUGGCCGUUAAGGAAGGUACAUGAGGUACCUUGAGAAUUGAGUGAAAAACUCAAGUUCUGAGGAUUAGGUCAACCUUAAGUUUUCAUUGUUUAUAUGGAGAAGUUGAGGUGAGGUUGAGGUUAAGGGUCACUUAAGGUCAAGGUGAGGUUGAGGUUGAGGGAUCCCUAAGUUUUCAUUGUUUAUAUAAAUUAAGGAGCCACUCAACCUUUCCUCAUCCUUAGGAAGCAUUAUUUAUAGGGCCAUAAGUACUUAAGUACUUGGAGGACCUGGAGUAAUUAAAAUUGGAAGUACUUAAUUAGUUUGCCAAGUAGUAAUUAGUAAUUGAAUACUCAAUUACUUUGAUCAAUUACUUAAUCGAACAUACUUGGAAUGAAAUACGACAAGCCUCCCUCUCCCGAAGAACUCGAAUUAUGUAAAUAUAUUUUGUUGUGAACGCUUUGGUCAUCAUUCCCAUUCAGCUUUUGGACUUCAAGCUUAGUACAAUUUUAUAUUACAAUUGUUUCGACCACCUGUGUUCCAUGAACUGCAAAAAUUACUUCAGCAAUCUCGUUAGUCAGAUUCAGAUAAAAUACAUUGGGUAGAAAUGUACGCAUUAACAAUUUUAAUGUUGUAAUUGUGGGAAGAAAAGGCCAUUAUCUAUCUGGAGUAAAGAUCCACAGCAAUUUUAAACUUUUGGAUCAUAUAAGAUGAACUGUUUGCUGUACCAAGAUAUUUAUAAAAGUUUUAUCCUAUUCGGAAAUGAAUGUUUGGUCGAAAGUUAGCCUUUAAAUAGCGUUUAAUUAGUCUUAAGUAUGAGAAUUAAGUAAUUAGUAAUUAAGUAAUUGACUUUCAAUUACUAAUAAGUAAUUGGUAAUUGAAAGUCAAUUACAUUCUCGCAAAGUAAUUGUAAUUGAUAAUUAAGUUCAAUUACUGGACAAAGAAGUAUUUGUAAUUAGUACUUAAUUCCAAUUUUCGCAGUCGGAGUAAAUUAAGAAUUAAUUACUUCCAUUGGUAAUUGAACAGCCCUGGAAAUGGCUCCUUGAUUUUGAAAAAAUAUUGGCAAUCUUAGAUUUAACUUUGAAGGAGCUCUAUUGUUAGAUAAUUAUUUUAAAAUAAGGGUGAAGUUUACAUUCACAUAUGAGUGUUUCAUGUUGUGGAAGCUAUUGUUUUUAUGCAUGCAUGCACAAGAAUACAUGCACAAAAAUGGGUGAAAUGCAAGUUUUGCAGGGAAAUAUUUAGUUUCUAGAAAUUUAAAUUUUGGUACCCCUCAAAUAGGGGUAGGAUUGACAAUGCGAUGGUGUGAAGUGUAACCGUCCGAUUUGGUUGAAAUUUUGAAAUUAUGUGGUCCAUGUAAGUAAAAGCAACGUUUCCCUGCAAAUACGUAGUUAUCGCUAUUAUUAUCCACGCAUGUACUGAAAUGCAUGGUUAUUUUCAACAAAGUGCAGUCCUGUCUUAAUUCGAAAAAGUAGUAGUAUGUAGAAUUAUAAUGCUAGAAACACGUAUGUAUGUAAGUGCACAACAAAAGCUAAUAAAAGCCCCAAGUACAAUUCUA